AUGUCAAUCGUUGAGACUUUGAACGCGCUGGGUGUUGCACUUAGCUCGAACCCCUCGGCAGAUUCGAGCCAGCAACACCUUGGAAGCAGCUUGACCAUCGCAGCUUUAUCCCUUCAGUUUGCAGUCAUAUUGACGUUUCUCACCCUCGCAAGCAUUCUGCAUCGCCGCUGUGCCAAAGCCCAGAUACUUUCCGUAUACUAUCGCCCUAUUAUCACCAUGUUAAUCACGCUGUAUGUGAGCAUGGCUUUGAUCCUCAUUCGCUGCAUCUACCGCCUGAUAGAGCAUCUGGGGAACACAGCCGUGGACCUGGAGGAUAUAGAGAAACUCAAAAAUUUGAGCCCUAUCCUACGUCAUGAAUACUACUACUAUAUUUUUGAAGCCUCCCUCAUGCUGGUCAACUCUGUCCUGUGGAACAUAUGGAACCCUUCCCGCUUUUUACCUUCCAACCACCUCAUUCAUGUUGCGAAAGAUGGUAACGCGGAAACUAUUGCUGAUCAGGGGAAGGAUGAUCGAUCCUUGUUAGCAAAAGUCGGCCAUAUCUUAACAUUCGGCGUACUCUUUGGUAGGAAGACAGCAAGCCAGCCUCGGGAUGAUCAUGCUGCAUAUGAGAUGGUACCCGGAUUGCGAAGCGGACAAAACUAG